AUGGAAAGCUGUAAUCCUGUGAGCACACCAGCAGAGUGCGGACUAAAGUUAUCCAAGGACGACAAAGGAGAGAAGGUCAACUCAACGGAGUUUAGAAGUCUCGUGGGAAGUCUGAGAUAUCUGACUUGCACCAGACUAGAUAUUCUCUACGCAGUUGGAUUAGUCAGCAGAUACAUGGAGGCACCAACUAUGUCACACUGGAAUGCUGCAAAGAGGAUACUGCGCUACAUCAAAGGUACAAUCGAUCAUGGUCUACUUUAUACUAAGUCAGAAAAUUUCAAAUUGGUUGGAUACUGCGAUAGUGAUUGGGCAGGAGACGUCGAUGAUCGCAAGAGCACUACUGGAUUUGUAUUUUUUCUGGGAGAUACAGCUUUCACAUGGAGUUCAAAGAAGCAAGCUAUCGUGACAUUAUCUACUUUUGAAGCUGAGUAUGUUGCUGCGACAUCGUGUUCGUGUCAUGCGAUAUGGCUGAGAAAGUUACUGAAGGAGUUGAAUAUGACACAAGAAGAGUCAACUGAGAUUUAUAUUGAUAACAAGUCUGCCCUGGCGCUAGCAAAGAAUCUGGUAUUUCAUGAUCGCAGUAAGCAUAUUGAUACAAGAUUGUAUCAAUAUGCUUACUGCGAUCAUGAAAUACCGGAUUCUUUGCUAGCGCCAGGGCAGACUUGUUAUCAACAUAAAUAUCAUUUUCUGAGAGAAUGCGUAGAGCAGAAAGAAGUAAUGCUAAAGUAUGUGAAGACUGAAGACCAGAUGGCUGAUAUAUUCACAAAGCCACUGAAGCAAGAUGUGUUCGUCAAACUAAGGACGCUACUCGGAGUUACUAUUAAUUAA